AUGCGUGCAUUCAUCGUCUUGUGUUUGGUGGCCACAGCUUGUGCCCAAUAUAACUAUCAAGUUGGCGGAGGUUCUGAUGGGACCAGUGCAUCAUUGAGUUCCAGCGCUGUUGGCAGCAACUCAGCAUCCUUCGAAGCUGUGAAUGCUGGUGGUAAUAUUGCAAGUGGAAUUAGUGGUGGAAGUAGUUUCGGUGUCUCAUCCAACGCUGCUCCUGCUAUAGGAACUAUUUCAUCAUAUGGUGUAUCUAGUUCUGGUCCUUCAUUGGCUGCCACAACAUCUUCAUACUCUGCUCCAGCUUUUACUGCUACCUCUGAAGGUAGCAUUGGUGGCACAGCCAACAUUGUUUCUGGCCAAACUGGUGCUUCAUUCACAUCUUCUUCCUCUGCUCCAGCUUUUACUGCCACCUCUGUGGGUACCACCGGUGGUGCUUCCAACUUUGCCCCAGCCCAAGCUGAAUUGGAAAAAGAAUUCUACACCUUCACCGCUAACGAAGAAGAUUUCAGUGAACCCGCUGGCUCCAACCAAAUCAACGCCAUUGCUAAACAAGGUCUCCGUGUUAUCUUCAUCAAGGGUCCCGAAAACACUGGUCUUGAAGAUGCUGUCUUGGGUUUGGCCAAAUCUGCUGCUGAACAAAAAACCGCCAUCUAUGUGCUCAACAAACAAGCUGACCUCUCCGCUUUGGCUGAGAAAUUGAACACCGCCAGUGGUGAUGUUAACCACAAACCCGAAGUUCACUUCGUCAAAUACCGUACUCCUGAAGAUGCUGCCAAUGCCCAAAAAGCCAUUCAAGCUCAAUAUGAUGCCUUGGGUGGUAAAUCGGAACACUUCAAUGGUGGUGUUGCUCCAUCACUGAACUUUGCAUCUGCAGCUCCUGCUGCUACUGCUGGACAACAAAGUGGUUCAUUCCAAAGUGGUACAGUUGGUCAACAAGUUGGAUCAUUCCAAGCCGCCACUGGUGUUCAACAAGGUGGAUCCUUCCAAGUCGCAACUGAUGGACAACAAAGUGGUUCAUUCCAAACUGGUACAGUUGGUCAACAAGUUGGAUCUUUCCAAGCUGCCACUGGGGUUCAACAAGGUGGAUCAUUCCAAGCUGCUACUAGUUCUACCUAUUUGCCUGCCUCUAUUAUCCGCCGUUACCGUGCUUAA